CCAGCGUGGUUGCUGUCGAUUUGUUUGCAUUGCAGGACCUCAUUCUUGAACACAUUUUCGCUACCUCAAUAUCCCUUGCCCUUUUUUGUGUUUCCUAAACGAAAGAAUUCAAGCGUACUUCUGCAUUUUUAAUUAGGCACGACAUAAAAUAUGUGGCCAGCUGCACGUGUGCCACUCUGCUAGUGGUGUAGCAAGAGGAUGGUUUGCUAUUACAACGGGAAAGUUGCUUCCGUGUCGGCAAAGAUGCGUGUUGAUGCUUUGUCAGCGGGAAAAUGUUUGGCACAGCUUCUGUGCUCCGACUAGACCCCAAAUUUUUAGCCGCGUCGGCGUGAAAAUGGGGGGUCACUGUGUCAUACGGGCACCUGCAGGGCUGACGGCUUUGCUCCUGCAUGCCGCCGCGCUAUUCCUGCUGUGCUCUUUGUGCAUCAGGGUCUCUGUGGCUAUCACCCUGGACCAGUGGCAAAUUCGAGAACCGAAUGGCGCACAGCGACUGGACGUACCGGGAUACGGGAACCGCAUUCUGUUCUCCUUCCGCAUCGACAAUCCGACGACACCGACCACGCCCGCAAUCCCCAGUCCCCAAACGGUUCCAAGCUUGACGUUGCUCUCCCCCCCGGGGUACACGUUUGACGUCGGCUGCACCCGAGACGUCCAGUACCAGCACCACCUGAUUUUCGACGCGACGGCGCCCCCCGCCCCCGUCACCGACUACGCGUCCCUGUCCGUCAACGCCUCCGAUGCGUCGGGGUGCGUGGGCAGUGUGGAGGCCGGGACGGGGCGUGGAAAGAUGGAGCUGCAGCUGCUGGACACGCAGCUGGCGAUCAACAAAAUUUACCCUUUCGCCGUCCGGGUAACCAACCCGCUCCAGGACUACACGCCGACCGAUAGCACCACCGCGAGCUACAACGAAUGGAGCCUGUUUCUCGGGGGAACAUCAAAUUUCAACGCGUCGAUCACAGCGUUUCCGCUCCGCCGGUUCACGAAUCCAAAGGUACGGCUAUCACAACGGAACCGGUCCCCCACGUGCUUGAACCCGACGGUCACGUGCCCCGUGUUAAACAUCGACAACUACGACACCGGGGUCAGCUGUCUCCGCAGCGGGUGCGUCGAGGCGGCCCAGGUGGCGCUGGAGUUCGGGGCCUUCGCGGCCAUCCCGGUGGGCGGGCGGUUGGAGGUGCAGCUUCCGCUGUACCACUCCGUCUCCCCCUACACCACUUGCGAGGCCUGGAAAUUGCCGAAGAACGCGGACACCUGGAUUCCCUGGUUGCCGAAGGAUCUGCUGUGCACGGUGCUGCCCGACCUGAAGUCCAUCACGAUGGACUUCACCGACAAAACGCAGAUGUACUUGGAACCGGAGAGCUUCACCUACCGCUUCGAGUUCACGAUCCUGCUGCCCGACGGCAACACGCACAAGGUCAGCAACCCGGCGCAGUACUACUUCUGGAUUUUCGGGUACAACCCCAGCGCUGGGUUCGCGCCCUACGCAGAUUCCAUCGCGUACGGGGUGCAGGUACUGCGCACCGGGCCCGGCGAGUCGAGCAGCCGCGAGGCCGUGCUGGCGAGCACCGUGCCGCCGGAAACAAACGACCCACUGUUCGCGUUCUCCGGGGGCACGGGCAUUCGCACGCUCUCGAAUUCUCUGUUUUCGCUGACCCCGCUGCCCCAAAACCCCUACCCCACGCAGGGGGUUCGCGUCGGCAGCCUGUCCCUGCACGACGCCUCGGACUUCUUCGAGGUCGCCGCGCAGUCCACCGCCGGGCCGGGGCGGUUCACGCUCGGCGGAGAACCUUUGGUGAUCUACUUCUUGAUUCGGUUUCGCUUGGAAAUCUUCCCGGGCACCCGGGUCCACCUUAGCGGGCCACUUGGCUACGAUUUCUCCGCGUUCUGCACUUCGCUGGUGACCGUGAUGAUGGUCGACAAUCUCUGGACCGACCAGGGGGCACCGGACGGUUGGGACUGCGCCGCCAGCAGAACCGAGAUGGUGCUCACACGGACGGGGUAUGUCGAGUUUCUCGGGCAGACGCCACUGAACCUGAAGGUGGUAGCAGCUAAUCCAAUGGUAGUGGAAGCCUGGAACAAGCUCGACAACUUCUGGGAACUCAGAGUUUUAGGUAUAGGAUAAAGUUUGGUCGUAAAUCUACUAAAUUUCUUAUGCGCAAGCGAGUUUACUUCAGGUGCAGCAGUAUUUGUAUUAGAGACUCAUCAAAAAAUCCAACAGGCUCGUCGACGACAACCACGACCACGACAACGCCGCAGGAUUGCCGGGGCUCGUGGUCAGGCUACGGCGCGCCCUUCGAGGGCACUUGGUCCGAAGGCAAUUGCACGGACCAGCUGCAGACGCGCGAGUUCACGGUGACGACGCCAGCAACUGCCGGGGGCAAAGACUGCGCGCACAGCAACGGCGCCGUGGAUUCGCUUCCCUGCGCCGAGCGGAACGACGCCAAUUGCACGGGGAAAUUCGGUCCCUUUGACAUCUGCGCGAACGGC